CCUGCACAGGAAGAGGAAGUUGUCAUGUACACUAUGUUCAGCUGCAUUUCUGUCUGAUGCUCAGACAGCAGCAAGACAGCAUGGAGGUCACAGCUUUCUGUAUCAGACUGUCUAUAUUCAUUCUUCUAAGUGUGGAUGUUCAGAACAGUGAUGCAGCUUUUCGUAUCAUUCCAACCAAACUGCAGCUCUUUCAAUACGAGUCUGUGUCUUUCCACUGUGAGGGUCUCAAUGAUUCGAGUCAGUUGAGAGGGAUCAGGAAUACUGAGGGAUUUAUUUCAGCAUGUAAUAUUACGAGCAUCUCAACAGUAUCUUGCACCAUUCAGAAAGCCUAUCCAGCAGACAGUGGAGAGUACUGGUGUGAGACUAAAGAAGGGAAGAAAAGCAACCGUGUUAACAUCACUAUCACUGUUGGCUCAGUGAUCCUGGAGAGUCCUGUCAUCCCUGUGAUGGAAGGAGAUUGUGUGACUCUGCACUGCAGAAACAAGACGACUUCUUCCCACCUCACAGCUGAUUUCUAUAAGAAUGGCCUCUUCAUGAGAAGCAGCUCUACAGGAGAAAUCACCAUCCACAGUGUUUCCAAGUCUGAUGAAGGACUCUACAAGUGUAACACCUCUGAUGUUGGAGAAUCACCAGAGAGCCGACUGACUGUCAGAGUUCUUUCAGGUUCUGUGAUCCUGGAGAGUCCUGUCAUCCCUGCGAUGGAGGGAGACAAUGUGACUCUGCGCUGUAGAUACAAGACGACUUCUUCCCGUGAGAAAGCUGAUUUCUAUAAAAAUGGCCUCUUCAUGAGAAGCAGCUCUACAGGAGAAAUCACCAUCCACAGUAUUUCAAAGUCUGAUGAAGGAUUCUACAAGUGUAACAUCUCUGAUGUUGGAGAAUCACCAGAGAGCCGACUGACUGUCAGAGUUGGCUCUGUGAUCCUGGAGAGUCCUGUCAUCCCUGUGAUGGAGGGAGACUGUGUGACUCUGCACUGCAGAAACAAGACGACGUCUUCCUGCCUCACAGCUGAUUUCUAUAAGAAUGGCCUCUUCAUGAGAAGCAGCUCUACAGGAGAAAUCACCAUCCACAGUGUUUCCAAGUCUGAUGAAGGACUCUACAAGUGUAGCAUCUCUGAUGUUGGAGAAUCACCAGAGAGCCGACUGACUGUCAGAGUUCUUUCAGGUUCUGUGAUCCUGGAGAGUCCUGUCAUCCCUGCGAUGGAGGGAGACAAUGUGACUCUGCGCUGUAGAUACAAGACGACUUCUUCCCAUCUCACAGCUGAUUUCUAUAAAAAUGGCCUCUUCAUGAGAAGCAGCUCUACAGGAGAAAUCACCAUCCACAGUGUUUCCAAGUCUGAUGAAGGAUUCUACAAGUGUAACAUCUCUGAUGUUGGAGAAUCACCAGAGAGCCGACUGACUGUCAGAGCUCUUGACAGAGAGACGUGUCCCUCCUCAGAUCACUCCUUCUAUGUUCUCCUGCUCUUAAGGACUGUGUUCACCAUUGUGAUGGUGCCUUUGCUGCUGCUGCUGGUGGGACUACUUCACUGUGGGAAACUCAGAGUUACACAAAAAUAACUGAUAGUCACAUAUGAGAGAAACACGCUGGUACGUGAUCAGUAGAGUAUGCUGGCAGCUAGUUUGGUCAUUACGAUAAUGAAGCAGAAAACAUCCCAUCAUGCUUUGGGGCUGGGAAAUUCUGUUAGCUACAAAGAUACAUUUUAAAAAGCAAUCAAAAAGAUUUUUAUUUUUUUACU